GAGAUCCAUCCAGACACAAAGACGAUAGACACUGCCGUGGGGCCGUUGCCCAUCUCACCCUUUCUGGACCCAACCUGGCGCAAGGCAAGGGACCGCACUAAGAAGAAGACGCCACCCAAUAUGAAGAACUUUGGUCGCUUCCAGAAGUUCAUGAGCAUGAACGCAUGGGCACAGCUUCUGGCGCAACCUGUGAGAACAUGUCACAUUACGCGCACACGUCUGCCAAAACCUUUCCUGCAGGACUUUGGGCUCGUGAAGAGCCAGGAAGCCGAUGAGUUGUGGUGGAUUCCCGCAGAGUUCAACCAGGAGGCCGAGGAAGAUGCUCCGAUCGGGUCUGAAGAGGCCAUGAAGCAGGCAGAGAAUGACGAUAGUGGCGCUAUCAGCGAUGCUCCAGCUCAGACAAAGGGCAGGUUCUUCGCGCCAGCUCACACCCUCGCCAGACGGGACCUCCUGCUGGAGUUUCUCAAUAAAAAGAGCAAGUACAGCUCUGCUUACAUGAGGUUCUCAAUCAACCCAAGCAUUGCCGGACUGGUCCGAGCGGCAGCCUGGCGCGAGGACAUGGACGAAGUCAUCAGCAAUCAGCUGCGCCGCCAGAUUGUCGACCAACUCAUUUAUCUGUCUCAAUUAUGUGAGACUGGCGGUAGACGUUACCUCAAUGCGUUGGAUAUCGACCAAGCCCGAGCAGACUUAAGUCUCAGGAGAUCCUGUUUCCUGUCAUUAGGCAAUGAAGGAGACCCAUUUGACGUGAUAGAAACGGAGGGUGUGCCGCAAGGCGUUUGCCCAGUCUAUAACAUGCCAAAAUUACUCGGAUCCGAAAACGUGGACCGCCUGAGAACCGAGUCUGCCAUAUUCAAAGGUGCGGACUUGGUUCUCAUGAGAGGACGGCGGACAUACGAUUUGAACAAGCAGCUGUGGAGGCUUCAGGGCUUCCUGGCC